UUUAAUCCUAAAAAACAAUAGAAGAUGGAAAAGGAAGAAGAAGAUCGAAGAAGAGAAGCAGCAAUUUCAUCAACACCUUGUUUGCAACCCAAUUUCAAUCCCAAAGGCGUUUCUCAAGAUCAACUCUCCAAGUUUCGUGAACUGCACAAGAAGCGAUUACAACUAAAGUCAAAAUCAAAAUUUAAGACAAAACAAAAAGAUGACACCAAGAAGAAGGCACGAGGCAAUGAUGUAUAUAGUGAGAACAGUGCUCAAGGAUUCAAAAUUGAUAACAAAGAACAAAGCCUCUUGAACAAUUGUGAAAGCUUUGAUUCGAAAAAUGAAGACUCAAAGGGUGGUAUAUUUGCAUCAAAGAAGCCAAAAUUGCAUUGGGGGCUUGACACCAAGGAGAGGUGGGAGAGGAAAUCCAACAUGUAGAUAUCAUAUCACCAUGGAACUGCAAUGAGGAAUCCAUCAAAUUUUGUCAAAUGUUUUGUAAAUUAGUAUUGUUGAGGAUAGUCCUGGUCCUGGAAGUGGUCAAAUUGAUGUGUGUCACUUGCACAUGUACUCCAUGAUAAGGGCACUUGCAUGUGUGCUCCAUUAUUUAAGAUGGCAUGUAUAAUCAUGGUUCACAGUAACUCUACUCUGUUUAUUAUAGCAAAUAUAAGAUGAUAGGUAACGAGUUAAAUAAUAGAGUUCUAUUUUGGUAAUAUUAGCAUUAGCAACAAUGCAAACAAACAACAUAUUUGUCUUUAGACAAAUAGAAAGCUAAGAGUUCUUGUUUAAUUUAA